CUAAAUUGUAGUGGAUACUGUAUUCUAUAGCAGUCGGCAGUACAUAUCGCAAAUACACCGCAAAAAUUAUAGUUUUUAAUUUAGUGAAAAUUUUAUUACUAUAAGAAAUAACAAUUAAAAUGAACUCUCGUAUCGCCCAAGAGGUUAGAAAAAUUGAUGAAAUGGGUUUGGAAACAUCUUCUCCGAUUUCCGUCCCUUAUCCCGAGCAAUUUGACUUUUACUGGCCCGAAUCUUGGCCCUCGUGGUUAAAAUAUUUCGAAAGAUAUCUUUCGCUUCAAAAACUGACAUCUCUACCCGAUUUCAAGAAAAUUGAACUUCUUUGCUAUUCCAUGGGACCCCUAAGUGACAAGAUUCUUAUGCGAAUUUUUCCCGAAUACGAAAACUGUUCUUACGAAAUUGUCAAGCAAACUCUUAACAAAUAUUUUUCUCCUCACUGCAACAUUUGCAAUGGACUCGAAAACUUCAAAAUCGACGAUGAAUCCAGUGAAUUUGUGCCGCAAAAGGAAAACUUGGACAAUAGAGAGGAAAUGUAUAGUUACAAAAUUAAGAAUUUGUCGAAUAUAAUGCAUGAUCGACCUUUUCACUAUUCGCCGGAAUUUCAUCUUCACAAUGUGCAGUGGCAACUUUUGAUAAGAAAAAGGAUUUGUGAUCGAGAACACACAUUUUUGUCGAUUUCUCUGUGGCCGCGGAAGAAUGAAACAUUGAUUAUAAACCAUAAAGUGGUUGGAGAAUUAAGACUUCUUUCGCAGAAUUCGGAUUUGCAGAAGGCAAGUUUUGUUGUGAAAAUCAAUCACGUAUUUCAUAGUGCGACAUAUUUCUGGGAAAGUACCCAUUUUAUGAAGUGGGAAGCAGUUCUGAAAUCGGAGAAUGGAUUUAUCAAGGAUGAUAGCAUUAUCCUUGAAGUCGAAGUCCAAUCUGUUACUCCUGAAGAUUAAUGUUUGGAGACUUUUAUUUAAGGAGCGACUUACAGAUUUUAAGACCGUUGUGAACUAUACUACAGUAAUGCCCGUCUCCUGCACGAUCUUCAGCUCAUCGGCAUUUAUAUUUUUUGAAGAUUGUGAUUCAUCGCUAAAAAUAAUCAGGAAGUUUGGAAUUUUGUGUUUGUUCUGGAAUUUGUGCAUUUCCUUUUUGUUACGCGAGAUUCGUGUUUCAUUUAAUUUGUGAGUCCCAAUUUUGAAUAUUUAUUCAUUCAUACUCUCUACGGCAUUGAAAGAAAGUUUUUUGGACUGUAAGCACUAGAUUUCUUAACUUGAAUAAUAAAAGGUUUUAUUAUUGUUUUUUGUAAGACUAUGUAACAAUAAGAAUAUGAACGGGAUUCUUGAUAUAUUUUAUUUAAUAUUUAGAAGUUAAAUAAAAAAAGAAAACUAUUUAGAAGAUAGUUUCAUCCUAAAUACUGUUUUUGUACAAAUUUUAGUUCUUUGACUCUUCGUAUGUACUGAUAGUUUCGUUCAUAAAAUAUCAUAAGAAUCUACUAAAAAAAGAACAUGGAAAAUGUAACUUACAGCAUUGAAGAGAAUACGUCAUGAUUUCGAUACUUAUUGAAGUUUUCUUAAUUUUGAUAACUGAUUUUCUAUUCAUCAACAAUGUAAUUAAUUAAUUUAGUGUACAUCACAUUUAAGCAGACAAGUACAAAAUAAGCAGAAAUAUGUUGGGUUCAGGGUAAAAACACGACAUUAAUUUUUUAUUUUAAAAAUUCAUUAGAAUCAUUCACUUUGUACGUUUACAAAAUAUUCGUAACGUUUACUAAAAUAUAACUCUUGCGAAUAAAUUAUUUUUCAAUCUAA